AUGCAGAUCUCCACGCUCGCCACUUUUGCGGUUGUUACCGCCGUGACGUUCGCUAAGCUCCACAGCUCGGCUGUCUGCGUCAAAAGCAGAACGUACGGCAGCACUGGCAAUGGUACACCUUAUGGCAUAACCUACGGUUCCUACAAGGACUACGAAAUCGACACUGCGGGCACCCAAUGUGCCUGCGGCUACUACAAGAACCGCAACACUGGUAACAAGCAAUGGGACAAGUGCCCUGAUUGCACUUUCGAUGGUCUCCAGUGCAAUUCCGCCGGCUGGCACAUCGGUGGCGAUGAGAUGACCUACUACUGCGAGAAGAAGUGCGGCACCCAGGGAGCUGAGGCCAAUUAA